AUGACGGACAAGCUCCCCCCUAACCUGCUCGCGCUCUUCGCGGCGCGACCACCCCUGCGAUGGGUUGAGCCGUCCGACCAUGCGCCCCAGGAUCGCAAGACCGCGCCCAUCAGCGGCGUCGCGCAGUUUCUCCCGGAGCUUCAGAAGUAUAAGGAGACAGAUGUAUACCAUCCUACCGAGAGUUGGCUGCAAGCUCGCGAUCGCAAGAAGCAGGAGAAGAAAGAGAAGAUCGAGAACCUAUUAACAGAGGCACCCAAGAAUUAUAAGCCAAACGAAGACCCCAACGUCCGUGGUGAUGCGUUCAAGACUUUGAUUGUUGCGCGCCUAAGCUAUGAAGCCGAUGAGAGAGACUUGGAGAAGGAGUUUGGUCGCUUUGGCCCUAUCGAGCGCAUCAGAAUUGUUGCCGAUACUCACGCUCACGAGAAGCCAAACAAGAAAAAGAAGCCCCACCGUGGCUACGCUUUCGUCGUAUUUGAACGCGAGAAAGAUAUGCGAGCGGCUUUGGAUUCUUGUGAUGGUAUGCGUAUCAAAGAUCGACGGAUCAAGGUAGACGUCGAGCGAGGCAGAACCGUAAAGGGCUGGCGACCUCGACGCCUCGGUGGUGGUCUCGGUGGCCGAGGCUACACCAGAGCUAUGGCUUCUCGUCCUAUGGGCCCCGGAGGCUUUGGUGGAGGUAGCAGCGGUGGCUUCCGCGGCGGCUUUAAGGGCUUCGACGGUGGACGUGGCCGAGGCGGCUUCCGAGGAGGUUUCGGCGGCCGUGGAGGAGGAUUCCGAAACGGUGGUGGAGACUUCAGCCGUGGCGGCGACCGAGGUAGUGAUCGAGGUGGUGAUCGAGGUGGCUUUGGCGCACCUAGCGAUGCUCCGUCCGGACCUGGAUUUGAUCGCAGAAACGGCGGCCAUGGCGACCGUGGUGACCGCAGUGAUCGUGGUGACCGCGGCGACCGAAGGGGCGACCGAGGCCCUGGUGGGUAUGAUUCACGAGGUGGUGGUCGCUCAUAUGACGACAGACAGGGCGGCGGCCAUCGUGAUGGUGGUCGAUUCGGCGGAGAACGCGAGAACCGACGUACCGGAAGCAACAUGGAACCCAUCGGCCGACGAGAAGGUGGGUAUCGCGAGAGGGACCGAGACUACGACAGACCUCGCGACGACGAUGCUGGCCGUAAGCGCGGAUACGAAGGUGGCUACGAGGAUCCCCGAAAGCUGCGACGCUACUAA